ACAAAAACAAUUUAAUUAAUGACACACACAUACACACAAGAAAGAAAGCAAAAAGGAAAAGAAAAAAAAAAGAUUAUUAUGUUCCUUAUUAUAAAUUAGAGGAAAAUAUAUACAUGAUUCCAUCCAUAGCUUAUUAGCUUUGUUGUAUGCAAGGUUCUCUUCUCUCUUUCCCAUUAGACUUCAUCUCUUUCUUCAGAUCUCUCUCUCUGUUUGCUUCUUCUGCUUCUGCUUCUGGCUCACGUACGUAGGGAGCUUCAAGCUUUCGAACGAUCUCUCUGCUAUAGCUCUUUUCACCUUUCAGCCAGACAAGAUGAUGAACAGCUGUGGAGUCCAACAACAAAACGCCUUUGAAGAGAUGAGGAGAAACGCCGUCUUUUCUUCUGAUCGCCGUGACGCCGUGAUUUGUCCUAAACCUCGUCGCCUCGGUGUUCUCUCUUCUCGAUCUCUCCGUUGGCAACUCAAUCAUCAGAUGGAGUUAUGUGAAUCGAAUUCAAGAAGCGAGAUUUUGGAUUUCAUCCUCGCUAAUAAGGGUAGUGGUGGUGGUGGUGGGGAGCAAGAGGCGUCUCCUCCUUUGUUCUUCACAGGGUCACCUCCAAGUAGAGUUUCUAACCCAUUAACAAAAGACUCACUUUUUCGACAAGAGCUUCUCGUGGUGGCUCCUCCUACUCCAUCGACUCCUCGUGGUGCUACCAAACCGCAGCCUCCGUCUUCACCAAGGAACGGGAGUUGCGUUAGGGCUGCGGCGACCAGCUUCGGGAUUGAUCCCGUCGUUCGUGUCGUUGGAUUCGAUUGUGACAGGCGCAGCAGCAACCACCGUAGCGUUUCGACUCUUGCUUAAGACCAGUCCCCAACAUGCACAUAUUUAUAUAUAACAACAACAACAACAACAACAACAACAGAGAAGGCUUUAAAAAAAGGAGAAGGUUUAGGAAUUGAUUAUGAAUAUUAUUAUUAUUAUUAUUAUUAUUAUUAUGGGAGUGGUUUUGUUGGUUAAAAAUGUGUAUAUAUGUUGAAAGAACAAAAAAAAAUGUGGGGAGAGGGAUUAUUAUAAAAAAAAAUUAGGGGUUUUGGGUGUCCAUUUUCUUAAAGAUUUUGUAAUUAAAAAAGGGGGAAGAGAAGAGAGUGGUUUAAUUUGGUGUCGUUUAGUGGAAAAUAAGAGCUUAAUUAGUGUUUCUUCCAUUGUAACAAAUAGGAAAAGCUCGAAAGAGUUUUGAAAUGUGAAGAUAUCAUUUCUACCCUUUUUUAUGCUUUUUGUAUCUUUGUCUCUUUUUGCACUGAUGUAAAUUUCAAAGGAGUUGAUCCUUUUUUUUUUUUUUGGAGAGUAUCUCUAUUUGUUCUUGUUUUGUGACAAAACAUUAGUGACGAUGACUUGUAUAUUAUCGUUUUUUCACACGUUCUUAGUGUUUUAAUGUAUGUGUUACAUUAGUA